GUCAGCGACCUACCUUGGAUGACCGCAUGAGGGACCUAGUGACGGCUUAGUUCAGCUUCAGAUCCAAAAAGAAAAGAAUUCGAAUUCCAGUUGUAGAAGAUAAAAUAAAACUAACUAACUCAUAAAUGUUGUUCUAUCCAACAAUAUCUUUCUCAAUUCACAUUAAAAUCAAUUGCAAAAGUUAAAUAAUAACCCAGUAAAUGUUUGAUCUUUGUUGAUAGUUGAUAAAAGCGAGUUUUUUAACCCCAUAAAUUGCACAAAACCAAAAACUGCUUUUGUCCAUGCCCAAAAACUGUGUGUGGUGUUCUGUCUUCUGUGUUCGGUGCGCUGUCUCAUUAUUUUUGUUGUGUAAAAACAAGUUUCAAUUUGCACCUUUAUAAAGUAUGUGUGGCUGGCUAAGCCUGUUCAUGUUCAUCAGUGUCCAAUUCCAAUUAAAACACGAGUUAAAAAUGUGUACCAAAUUCUAGCAUUCGAAAUUUGUUGUUAAGGAGAAUCAAAGCCUUUCCAUUUCCAUAGUCGAUGAAGAUCUGUGUCUGUGGUGCAACUAAUAAACAAAUGGAUUCAAAUUAUUAACAAUAAUAAAUUGCAUACAAUUUACUUUGCAACCCGAGGAAGACGAAAAAGAAGAAGAAGAAGAAAUGGACACCGAACUACCUGUUCUUGCUGGAUUCUUGAACGUUCCAACUCAAUCGGGAUUCUCACUCAACCGGAUAUCGAAAAAGAAAAGCUGCCAACGUUAUUGUCUUCUAUUCAAAGCGAGUCGUCAUGGCAUUGAACGCCUUGAAAUAUGUGAAUCCAAGGACGACAAGAAUCCGAAAAUUAUAACACUUGAAAACUGCGUUAAAAUAACCCAGGAACCCGCACCGGCAAAUCUUAUACAUAUAGUUAAGAUGACUGGUACCCUAACACUGAAUACUCUAGCUGAAGAAGAUCUAAAGGAAUGGCUAAAUGCCCUGCAGUCAGUGGCUUUUCGAGACAAAGGCGGUACACUAAGUCGAAGUACUGCAAUUGAAGAAGAUAAUGAUCUUUAUUGCAGCUCCUACGGAGAUGGCCUUUUCAUAGUGAAACUUAUUCCGUCCGAGACUUCAAUACGUUGUAAUAUUGAACCUAAAUCGUAUAUGUUGCACUUAACAGCCACCGAAUUGCAAUUGAAAUCUGCCGAGGACCUAAGUAUUAUUAUAGCCAAGUGGCCAUAUCGAUUUAUUCGAAAAUACGGCUAUCGUGAUGGCAAGUUUACUUUUGAAGCUGGCAGAAAAUGCAACACCGGCGAGGGUGUCUUUACCUUAGAUCAUACGAAUCCACAAGAAGUUUUUCGUUGUAUGUCUUCGAAAAUGAAGUCAAUGAAAAAGCUUAUAAGUGGAGAAAGUCUGAAUAGCAUCGAUUGUGGAGAGAAUCAGUUGAGUGCUGCUCUCUCAAUGGAACCAGGCUCAAGAAGUCCCUUGCCGCCAUCUCCACAAAACCAAAACGGUUGUGAAUUUGAACUUAACUCAACACACAGUGUCAUCUCGAUGCGCAGUUUUCUGCCAUCUUCCGAUUCGCUUAACAACACUUCCUUUAAUUCGAGUACUUCAUCCACACAAAACGUGAUACCAACUUCAUCCACCAACAAAAGCAUUCCAAACAAACCGCCCAGAAAACUGCUCCCAUUAAAUGCAGACAAACCACAGACAUCACAACAAUCAUCCGCACCAACCACACCAUCGUCAUCGUUGUCAUUACAAUCAAAUGAACUGAAAACCAUGAUAAACAAUGCCCAACAGCAACAACCGCAAAAUUGUGAUAAAUUCAAAGUAUUCCAAAACUAUGAACCAGUUUCAAUAACAACAUCCAACGACCCAAACAGGACUGGUGGGUCGACUGUGAUUUUGAAGCCAUCUUCGUCACCUGAUCUUUUAAAGAGUAUUGCAAGUGUUUCGAGCUCUCCUCCAGAUCUUCCUGUACGCAACGAAAGUGUCCAGCUUAUAAAAACAACCGAACGUGAUUACGAAAGUAUUGAAACCAUAACCGACGCCUGGAAAACCCUGGGCCUUGGCGAAGUAAAGCACACCGAACGAAACCACACUCCCGACGACGACCUAAUUGAUUUCGCGUGGCAGAGAACCCAGUCGCAACGCCAUAAACCCACAUCCAAAGACGCCUGCAUAAAAAUUAUCGACAGCGAUGAUAAUGACCAAGAAGCCGCUUACGACCGGCUGGACUUCUUGCUGCCCAACAAUAACACAUCCAGCGGCUACAAAACCAUAGUAACUGUCUCGUCAGCCUCGAAUCGGAAACCUGCCGCUCCUGUGGCCAACGAUUACGAACUCAUCGCCAGCCCAGACACUCAUCCAUGUCGAAUAGCCGAUGAUAGUUACUUAGGCUACGGUGUUAUCCGCAAGCCAAGUACCCCCGGACCACAAGUCGCCAACACGUCCCAAUCCAAAAUGGUUAAUGUAUCAACAACCAUGCUCAAUGAUACAGAAAUGACUCUAGAUCAUAAGAAUUACAAUGGACUCAGCUAUACUAUCGUCAGCAAACCGAAACGUGUUUAAAAAAACUCAUCAUCAUUAACAUCAUCAAUCAUAAAAUUCGCGUUCUUUUCUUUUAAAACAAAAUUCUAUACAAUCUUUCGCCUUUUUUAAAAAUUAUCUGUUAAUAUUUUUAAAAAUUAAACCAAAGAACGCUUAAAAAUUAACUAUCAUAAAAUUUUUGUUCGACAAAUAUUCGGAAUUGAGUAUAGUUCUCGUUUGCCAUAAUUUUUGUAUUUAACUCAAAUUCUUAAUUAAGUUUUAUUUUACACAAUAAGUUUCGAAAAAAUAUUUUUUUAACAUAUUUUAUAUGAACUCGUUUAUGCGUGUAAUGUACUAUAUACUCAGUCAAAAUAAAAAAUAUAUAAACAAUAAUAAUAA